AUGGCAGAAAACGUUAAUGUACCUCCUAUGUUGACCCUCGAAAAUUAUGAAAACUUUCGAACAAACGCAUAUGUAACGAUAGAGACCUAUGCUAGAAAACAAAAAUCUAUACUUCCACCUGGGGAGGUUGCUUUUUGUCGGACUGUUGAUCCCGCGUCUGCUCUCGCGCUAGAAAGACUCUCUACUAAAAUAAAAAAUAAACUGAAUCGCUUGUUAGUAAAUGCCGACAUACCCGGUGCUGAAAUGCUCGGUAGAGUUAACGACGCAAAAGAUUUUGAUAUUUGGUUUAAAGAUUUGGUUACCAUGAAUGAUUCCUUGAUUGACGGUGUGAAUGCAUCCUUGGAUGAAUUAACCGGGCGUAGUCAAAAAUUCGCGAGUUCUACAGCAGACGCAUCAACAUCAAUGGUGGCACAAGUUAGGGCUAAAUCAGGGGAUAUCAACAUUGUAUACUCUCGUAACAUUACUCGACCACAAGCAAAGUUUAAGGAUAAAAUUGACAACUCUGGCGCUCCAUUUAUUCCUAAACUUCCAAAUAAACCGAACGCAGUUGUACCGCUAAAACUGGACGGUAUUGAAGAAGGAUUUGUGUAUCCCCAUCCGUACCGAUACGAGAUAACUCAUCUUACGUAUCCUUCAUUCAUUUUUGAAGAGAAGGAGCCAAUACAAUAUCGACCUCUUGAUGCUACCCCACUUACUUGGGUUGAUACAUUGGAAGGGCUAACUGCUAUGUGCCAGAAAUUAGAAGCGUCUCAAGCAAUUGCAGUGGACCUUGAGCUCAGCACGCGAGAUGAGGAUUUCAUUGUGGAUGCUUUGGAAUUGAGACAUCAUUUACAUAUAUUAAAUAAUUCUUUCACAAACCCUAAUAUCUUGAAG